GUUAUGAGAAUGAAAACAAAACGGACUUGGAAACGUACGAUAGCAGAAUAUACUUCAUGUCAAGUUCAACGAAUCAAUAGCAUCUAAAUUAAAUUAGUGUGAAUGGCUACAUGCAAGCAAUCAAAAUCCCCUGCUUCAAGUGAGGCCCCCAGCGCAACUGAAUCGGCUUCGAAAAUGAAAGUUCUUGCUCUACACGGCUAUCGCCAAAACGGCGAUAGUUUCAAGUCAAAGUUAGGUUCACUGCGAAAGUUCAUCAACAAAUAUGUCGAACUAGUUUUCGUAACUGCACCUCAUAUAUGCCCUCCCCUGCCCGACAGUGAGCCAGGUACUGAUCCGGAUACAACUCAACGAAGUUGGUGGUUUAACAAAGACGAUGGAACCUUCAAAGGAACAAAUAAAAAUGGACCGGCCAUAGGGUUCGGAGAGAGUCUCAAGCUCGUGGAAAAGAUUUGGGAUGAAGAACAGUGCUCAGGAUUGCUAGGCUUCUCGCAGGGCGCUUGCUUCGUUGGGCUGUUGUGUGACUUGAGUGCAAGAGGAAUGACUUCAGUAAAGCCUGAGUUUGCGGUGCUAUCAUCAGGAUUUCAGUCCGGUAGCUUAGUGCAUCUCAACUACUACGAGAACAAGGUGCAGAUUCCUUCAUUACACAUUUACGGAGAAUCUGAUGAGAUCAUCCCAAAAGCAAUGAGCAUAGCCUUGGCGGAAACGUUUAUCGAUCCCCAGGUUCUUGUUCAUCCUGGCGGGCAUUUCCUUCCAGCACAAGCCACCCAGAAACAAAAGUAUGUGGAUUUUUUCCGAGAGCGGCUUCAGUACCACUUGGAAGCGAAAGAGAUCGAAAAUGCUACAGUUGAAAACAGCAUGUACCUGAAUGAGAACGGUACCGGAAAUGGCGAUAACGAUGAUGAUGAUUCGGAUUAGAAGGGAUCUAUCAAUAGUAUACAAAUAAAAUGAUUGCAUUAUUACUAAA